AAAUUAAGUCUAUAUGUUGGGAUGCCACUGGGAAUAUGAUUGCCUCUGUCAGUGAAGAUGAUGUACGUGUUUUGUCAGUUUUUAUGAAAGAGUCCAUAUAUGAGUAUCCAUCAAAUGGGAAGAGGUUUCAGUCCGUCAUAUUCCAUCCUCGAUACCCUAACGUCUUAGUUAUUGGUUGUUUUCAGUGCCUGGAAUUGUUGAUUCUUGAGAAUGGCCAAACACAUAGCAGUACACAUGCUUCUGAUUUAUCAAUUACUGGACUAGCAGUGGCUCAAAAUGAAACCAUCACAUCAGCUAGCGAUGAUUCUGUGGUGAAGAUAUGGAGAUGAAGUUAUUGUCUUUGUUCCUUGGUGUAAAUACCUCCCCUGAAGUUAUUGUCUUUGUCUCUUAGCUAGUCACGUAGUGAGAAAAAAAAAAUUCCUGUUGAUUGAGUCCAGUAGUGCAGAUGUAAUCAAAUAAAAAUGUGUUAGUUUCUUGAGGCAAA